AUGGUGAUGAUCGAGGUAGCAGGGGAGGCAAGCCCUCUGAGCUACCAAAAUGUCGUUAACACAUUGGCGAUGGCCGCAAGCUCCAACCAGCAGCAGGUCAAAGUCGGUACUCAGCAAUUGCAGAACUGGCAGAAACAGCCGACCUAUCAUUCUCUGCUCCAGGAUGCAUUCGCCGACUACUCCUUACCCACCGAAGUUCGUUACCUUGCUAUUAUUCAACUGAAGAAUGGAGUUGGGCAAUACUGGCGGAAAACCGCACCGAAUGCCAUUGCCAAAGAGGAGAAAGACAAGAUUAAGACACUCGCGAUGCAGUCAGGAAUUGCGGAACCGGUUCCUGCUCUUGCUCUUCAAAAUUCGUUGAUGAUUGCCAAGAUCCUCCGAUUCGAGUUCCCAAACGACUGGCCUGAUGCGAUAUCUGCGCUCAUUACUUCCCUCCGAUCCUCGAUCCAACCUGGCGCGAAUCUUUUACAGCUCCCCAGAACCCUUCUCAUCCUAUUGCAGACCAUCAAAGAACUUUCCACGGCACGCAUACAGCGAACUCGACAUCAUCUCCAAGCUGUUUCUCCAGAAAUAUUCCAUGUGCUGGGAGGCGUAUAUGUUGAUAAGGUCAAUAAUUGGACCUCUGCUCUCGAGCAAGGUGGCGCAGAUGAGAAGUCAUUGCUAGAGGAGAUUGAGCAAAGCUUGGUGUCGCUAAAGGUUAUUCGGCGCUUAAUUAUUGCAGGGUUCGAACACCCCGGUCGGGUCCCGGAAGUCCAGGAAUUCUGGACACUUACAUAUUCUCAUUUCGUCAAAUUUCUUUCCUUCGUGAAUGAUGGCAAACUUCCAGAGCAAAUCCAACGAGCGGUCGAGAGGCACAUAUAUCAGCUCUCCAAAUUUCACGUGGAGAUGGCGAAGACACACCCUGCGUCAUUCGCCCAUUUCGCUCAUAGCAUUGACCUUGUCAACACAUACUGGACUCUCCUUCAGAAAUUGAGCGAAGUUUAUGUUAGCCUUGGCGCUGAUGCCGAAACUGAAGGGCAGUCUCUCCCAGAGCGAACGGGAUUGCGAGCCCUGCUGCUUAUCAGAGCUUGCGCAAGAAUGGCCUUCAACCCGGUGCAGACAUUCAAAUACCAAACCGCAGAAGAUAAAGAAGAGCGGAAGCAAGCAGUUGAGAGGAUCAAGACUGAGCUUUUCACCGAUAAAUUUGUGCUGGAAACUAUGGAACUUCUCGUCACACAAUUCUUCCGAUUCAGAAAUAUCGACUUCGAAGAAUGGGAGGCCGAGCCUGAACAGUGGGAGAAGAAAGAGGAAGUCAGCGCCGAGGCUUGGGAGUUUUCUAUUCGAUCAUGCUCGGAGAAGCUGUUUCUCGAUCUCAUCAUCCACUUCAAGGGUCUUCUGAUUGAUCGCUUAUUGGAUGUUUUCCACUCAUUUGCACGCACGGACAACCGGAAUGUGAUAUUGAAAGACUCCCUGUAUUCGGCCAUUGGAUUGGCUGCGGCUAGCCUUGAACAGCGCUUAGAUUUCAACGCCUUCCUCCAAAACACGAUGGUUGCCGAGGUUCAGGUCCAAGAUCCAGAAUACCGGCUUCUCCGGAGAAGAAUAGCCAUGGUGCUCGGUCAAUGGGUGCCAGUUCAACCCGACCGGCUUAACACAGAUGCUAUCUACCAGAUUUUCCAACAUUUACUUAACAAAGACGAUCCACUAAACGAUCUGGUCGUUCGAAUCACAGCCGGCCGCCAGCUUUGCAAUGUCAUUAACCCUUAUGAGUUUUCGCCCGCUGCGUUCAUGCCCUAUGCGCCGUCAAUUCUGGGUAACCUUAUGUCUCUUGUCCAAGAAACGGAUAUUUCCGAGACUAAGAUGGGAUUGCUGGAGACUGUGCGAGUGGUUGUUGUGAAGAUGGAACACAAUGAGUCUGCUCGUUAUCACUCGCUUAUCUUGCCACUCAUCCAAGGCUCGGUCAACCCUGAAUCCGAAACAUUCGUCUAUCUCUUGGAUGAAGCAUUAGAUUUGUGGGCUGCAAUUAUCAUGCAGACACCUACACCAGCCUCUCCCGAGAUCAUCUCGCUAUUCCCCGCCAUCCUCCCCAUUCUUGAUCAAGGAACCGAUAGCACCCCUCAAGCUCUCACCAUAAUAGAAUCCUACAUAUACCUUGCCCCACAGGAGCAACGCACCGGCGUCGUUGCGCGCCUAGUCGAGCUGAUGAUCCGCGGCGCCGAGACCGUCGACGGCGGCAGCGAAGCUAUUUACCGUGUGAUUUCCCAGUCUCUGGUUGAGACUGGAUUCCUCCAAUCUCUCCUUGAAGGCCUCUACUCCGCAUACGAAGCAAGCCAAACAACAGGACCUAACCGCAAGGUGUCGAACGUCGUCGGGGUGGUUGAAACAGACUAUUUCUCCGUCCUGGCCCGUCUUGCCCUGGCAAAUCCAUCGAUCUUCAUCUCCGCCGUCUCCGCCGCAACAAAGUCCAGCGAAGAGCAGACCAUGGCCUGGCUCCUCACCGAACUCGUCCUCGCUCCUCCCCCCACUUUUAUCUUGAAUCACUUGCAAUCUUAUCUCAACAUCUGGACAGAUAUCGUCGUCGAACUCGCUGAGGGCGGCUCGGACCCUAACGCCGAUUACCUGGUCUAUUGGAGCGCACCAAGCGGCUCCGAAACCGCCAACCCGGAGAACUCCGAAGAGGUCGAGACUCCCGAGAACCUCCGCCGUCGCGAAUGGGAGUCUGCGGAUGCAAUCCACCGGUUCCCAAUCCGCAGCUUUGUGCGCCAGCGCAUGGAGCAAGUGGUUGCUUCUUGUGGUGGCGCGGAGCGGUUCAAGGAGGAGUGGCUGGCCAAUGUUGAUGCGGACGUUCUUUCGACAUUUUUGGCCCUGGGUGUGCUUUGA